AUGAAAGUUCUUACCCUAACCCUCACAUUCUGCAUCAUCGUUGCAUUCUCAAAUGCAACACCUACAUUGGUCACUCGCCUUCAACAUCAAAUAAAUCAAUAUUCCACGAUUGAUCAUACUCAACAAAAAAUGAAUGAGACUACACAGAUGGAAAUGUGCUCUUACAGUAUCAGCGUAAAGACAAGUUGUAAUUCUCCAGCAUAUUCAAAAGAUACAGUCGGAGUUUUAUUUGGGGAUGCUGAUGGAAAAGAGGUUAAGGUAUUAGAACUAGAUUCAGAGAAUGAGGUAUUCGAGCAGUGCAAGACGCUUAUAUUCCGGAUAUUGGGACAAUGUAUUGGAAAAAUAUGCAGACUAUAUGUAGCAAGAGCUGGAUCUGAUGGUUGGGUGCCAGAGACUAUCAUCGCAUACAAUCAUAACUACCCACCUGUUGUAUUUAACUAUAAUUAUUUCAUUCCUGAGGGUGUAGCUCGUGGUUUUGACGAUUGCGGAAAUUAA